AUGUGGACACCUAAACAGCUACGAGACAAAUCCCAAGCACUAUUGCCCCUUAAUAGGACCACCAUACAAGUUUGGGACCAAUUACACCGCUUGCAAGCGACUAACAACAAAUUCCUAAAAUGGGCACCCAUAGAGGCACUACAGUCUAUAUCUCCGUGGUUAUCGUUCGCAAAAUGGUCAGCACUGGGAAUUACCCAUAUUACUAACCUAUGCUCACAAAGGGACAUCAUACCCUUCCCAGAUUUACAAACCGCAUAUAACCUCCCACCAUCCUUCAUCUUCCCAUAUGUUCAACUAAAGAGCAUAAUCAAAGAGCGAGUAAUGCUCACAACACAACCUGCAGACAACCCCAACACAGAAAGGUUGGCACUGUAUGACAGAUGCCGUACGGCCCCAAUCAAGGCCCGCUCCCUAUCCCUCAGCUAUGCAGCCCUAAGACACAAUAACACGAUGCCAGACUUCUCUUUUAUAGCACAGUGGAAUAGGGAACAAUCUAUUCGCUUUCCCAAAGAUCAGUGGUUGCGAUCAAUCCUAGCGCUAAAAGGUAUCACAUCCUGCUACUCACAUGUAGAAGCACACAAAAAAUUGAUCUAUAGAUGGUAUCUCACACCUGAUAAACUUAACAAAAUAUAUCCACUAUCAUCAGCACAAUGUUGGAGGUGCGAACAGAACAGGGGUACAAUGAGCCACAUAUGGUGGCACUGCCCGAAUAUACAACCGUUAUGGACAGAGGUCCAGACGAUCUGUAAUUCCUUAGGGGUCCUCCGGGGUAAGAUCACACCUGAGAUAGGUCUGUUUCUUCUGAUACCUAUGACCACACCUUACCAGGAUAGACAACUAAUGAUCAUGGUAAUCAUGGCAGCACGUAAUCUCCUAGCAUAUCACUGGAAGCAGAAAGAAUGUCCAACGUCACAACUAUUAGAUAGUAAAAUACGACAGUACCUUAAAUAUGAGCAGUUGUCCACAACUACGCCCAAACAUAAGAUUGCCACAAACAAUAACUGGCAUAAAUGGAUAACUUUUGACCCACUGGCAGUACCAUAG